UUCACCUUAUAUUGAGCCAGGAACACGCUCCCCGACCCUCAUAGUCCUGCCCCUUAUGUCCAGAUAACUUAUCCGUUGACCAUCGUCUCCAUUCCACCCACCCGGUCCAGAUAAACAGGCCUCAAUCUCAAUACUCCUGUCCAAACCAGUCAUCAUGUUCGAGGACUUUUCCUUCUCGUCGCCGUCGUCCACCAGACCCUCGCGGCUGGCGCUCGAAGGCGAUGACCGCCUUAUGGUGGACAGUGACAGUGCUCUCAUUUCCCCCAUGUCCUCGCGCUGUCCAUCGCCUCGUUCACAGCGAUUUCCUCGGUCUGCACCUCGCUCACGCUCAUCAUACUUCCGCUCCGCUCAGCCGCCUACCUCCGUGCCCCUCUCCGCCUACGACCACAAGCGGCUUUCCAUCAGCACGCUGACGAGGAAACUCCACGAGCAUACCCUUCAGAAUCAAAAUGGGAUCCAAUCCGAUGAGGGACGCUUUGAUCGGCCUGCGUCCCCGACCCCGUCGGAUUUGGGCAUCUCGAGCAAGUUCCCCGGUUAUGUCCUGACACCCCCAGACACCGACCACGAUGAUGAGUCCUUGACCUCGGGGUCACUUUCUCCCCAGUCAUAUUCGCCAUUCCUGAGCCCGACCUCCGCUCCGGCCGACUUUCCGGCCGACAAUAUGGAUCUCAGCGCUGCCCCGGGACCUGGGGGCCCAGACGCUUGGAGUGUCCGCGCUCAACGGCAACAAAUCUCCCGGCUGCAGUGCAACCAAUCUGACGUCGAGUCCAUCCGCCGUGCCCUCGUGUCUGAUGACGAGGUCAUGCGAUCAGCCAUGUGCAGGGAUUCCAUCUGUGAAGACGACUGCCACCCCAGCUCUUUGCCACCGCAGUCCUCGCCACGGCGCCGCGCCUUGACUCUUUCACGCAACCGAUUUCGCAACCAAGCCUCGGAUACAUCUGCGUCGGAGGCCCGGACCCGACGGAAGAGCAGCGUCAGUGCACUUUCGUCGCAUCGCAUCGAAAAGAGCUACCACAGCUCGACGCGUGAUAUGCACAAGAAGGGUGAGCAGGGCCUGAGACGCAAGAGCCUUGUGAGUGCGGCGCUAGCGUCGAUGGUGGAACAGGGGCCGGAGGAGUAAUCCUCUCCACCCCUCUCAAACUAUAUCUUAUUACCUUCCUAACUCUUCUAUCUAUCACCUUAUUUUUUCCUUUUUUUUCUUUGAAAUACCUUUUUCUUAUCAAGACUUUUACUUAUUAUCUCUUCUCUUUUCGAUCAUGUAUCUUUCGUUGUAUCUCUUGGUAUUGUUUCGGAUUUGAUUCGUUCACCUAUCAUCUU